UCAUUCAUCUUGUGCUAUAGCUAUUGAAAACUGUAACAGAGUCUGGGAAGCACUUGGCUUUUGAGUGCUGCCUCCUGAUUGGGCUGGGGAAUGCUGCUGUUGGGGAAUAAUGUGUGAAUACCAUCUGCUCCGAGGAGCCGGAGCCUCCGUGGAUUCUGCAGGAGCGGCACCUUCAGCCCGGACUGCGGGCGCGGGGAGCCCGCCUGCCUUCCCUCUCUCUUACCCAAACUUCUGCUCGGCACUGGAUUUCCUUUCUGCUUCCCUGUGGAACUUUUAUUGUGCUUUGCCCGAAGGCUGAGUUGCUUCUCCUGUGGGUUUUGGAGGUGUUUUUUCCUUUAUUUUUUGCCUUGUGUGGGAUUCCUUCUGGGGUUCAGCAUGCACACCAAGCCGGGAAGUAAAUCAGGGAGUUUUGCAGCUGUUUAUUGCAGCACGAGAGUUAACGUGGAAUGUCUGAGUUGCUCUGAGAAACUACUUCCAAAAAUUUGACCUGCUUGUAAAAAGGGGUUCCUCAGCCGUCGGCUCAAAGGCUCCAUCAAAAGGACAAAGAGCCAACCGAAGCUCGAUAGGAACAGCAGCUUCCGGCACAUUUUACCUGGCUUCAGGAGCGUGGACCAUGAAAGAUCCCAUCUAAUGCCGAGGCUGAAGGAGUCGCGCUCCCACGAGUCCCUGCUCAGUCCCAGUAGUGCUGUUGAGGCUCUGGAUCUCAGCAUGGAGGAGGAGGUGGUCAUCAAGCCAGUCCACAGCAGCAUCCUGGGACAAGACUUCUGCUUUGAGGUGACGACUUCAUCAGGAAGCAAAUGCUUCUCGUGUCGUUCGGCGGCGGAGCGAGAUAAAUGGAUGGAGAACCUGCGGCGUGCCGUGCACCCCAACAAGGACAACAGCAGAAGGGUAGAGAAUAUGUUAAAGUUAUGGAUUAUUGAAGCCAAGGACCUGCCAGCUAAGAAAAAGUACCUGUGUGAAUUAUGCCUGGAUGACGUUCUUUAUGCACGAACUACCUGUAAAUUGAAAACUGAUAAUGUCUUUUGGGGGGAGCACUUUGAAUUUAAUAACCUCCCAUCGCUCAAAAACAUUACUGUGCACUUAUACAAAGAGACUGACAAGAAGAAGAAGAAGGACAAGACCAACUUCAUCGGGCAGGUGAACAUCCCUGUGAGCUCGGUGACGGGCCGGCAGUUUGUGGAGAAAUGGUACCCAGUGGUGAGCCCCAACCCCGGCAAGGGCAAGGCCCCAGGGCCCAUGAUCCGCAUCAAAUCCCGCUACCAGAGCAUGAGCAUCCUCCCCAUGGAGAUGUACAAGGAGUUUGCUGAGUACAUCACCAACAACUACAUGGUGCUGUGCUCGGUGCUGGAGCCCUCGCUGAGCGUCAAGAACAAGGAGGAGAUGGCGUCAGCGCUGGUGCACAUCCUGCAGAGCACGGGCAAGGCCAAGGAUUUCUUGACUGACCUGAUGAUGUCUGAAGUUGAUCGCUGUGGUGAGAAUGAGCAUCUCAUUUUCAGGGAGAACACACUGGCCACCAAAGCAAUUGAAGAAUACCUGAAGCUGGUGGGGCAGAAAUACUUACAAGAUGCCUUAGGGGAGUUCAUCAAGGCACUGUAUGAAUCAGAUGAAAAUUGUGAGGUGGAUCCCAGCAAAUGUUCAUCUUCGGACCUCCCCGAACAUCAGGGCAACCUGAAGAUGUGCUGUGAGCUGGCCUUCUGCAAGAUCAUCAACUCCUACUGCGUCUUCCCAAGAGAGCUCAAAGAAGUUUUUGCCUCGUGGAGACAGGAGUGCAGCAACCGAGGCCGGCCCGACAUCAGCGAGCGGCUGAUCAGCGCCUCGCUGUUCCUGCGCUUCCUGUGCCCGGCCAUCAUGUCCCCGUCCCUGUUCAGCCUGCUCCAGGAGUACCCCGACGACCGCACCGCGCGCACCCUGACCCUCAUCGCCAAGGUCACCCAGAACCUCGCCAACUUUGCCAAGUUUGGCAGCAAAGAGGAAUACAUGUCCUUUAUGAAUCAGUUCCUGGAACAUGAAUGGACUAACAUGCAGAGAUUUCUCCUGGAGAUUUCCAAUCCUGAAACCAUCUCAAACACAGCUGGCUUUGAGGGCUACAUUGACCUGGGCCGGGAACUGUCCACAUUGCACUCACUACUCUGGGAAGUCAUUUCCCAGCUGGAGCAGGGCACUGCCACCAAACUGGGGCCUCUGCCCCGGAUCCUGCGGGACGUCAACGCCGCGCUCAGUAACCCGGCCUGCGUGCAGGUGUCGGUCACGGCCGAGCACGCCGCCUCCACACCCAGUGCUGGCAACAGCAUCUCUGCAGGGCUGCAGAAAAUGGUCAUAGAGAAUGACUUAUCUGGUCUGAUAGAUUUCACACGGUUACCAUCUCCAACCCCUGAAAACAAGGACUUGUUUUUUGUCACAAGGUCUGCUGGGGCCCAGCCCUCGCCUGCCCGAAGCUCCAGUUACUCAGAGGCCAAUGAGCCCGACGUGCAGAUGUCUAAUGGCAGCAAGAGUUUGUCCAUGGUGGACUUGCAGGACAAUCGGCUCUUGGACAGCGGGGCCAACGCGCCCGGCACAGCCGACUCGCUCAAUGACAGUCAGUCGUCCCUGGGGCAGUUGCAGGGCGUUUGGAGCACACGGACUCAGCAGAACAGCGUGACGGGCAUGGCCACCGUGCGCCGCGUGGGCCAGACCCCCACCACGCCGAGCGGCGAGAGCGCGCCCGGCCGGCCGCAGCUGCUGGCGCCGCUGUCCUUCCAGAACCCCGUGUACCAGAUGGCCGCCGGGCUGCCGCUGUCCCCCCGCGGCCUGGGCGACUCCGGCUCCGAGUGCCACAGCUCGCUCAGCUCCCACAGCAACAGCGAGGAGCUGACGGCCAACAAGCACGGCUUCGCCGGCCCCGCCGCCAGCGAGGACUUCUCGCGCCGGCCGGGGGAGCUGGCGCGGCGGCAGCUGUCGCUGACCGAGAAGGGCGGCCAGCCCACGAUGCCGCGGCAGAACAGCGCGGGGCCGCAGCGCCGCAUCGACCAGCCGCCCCCGCCGCCGCCGCCCGUCAGCCGCGGCCGCACGCCACCCUCCCUGCUGAACACGGUGCAGUACCAGCGACCUUCCAGCGGCAGCAUGAUGUCCUCAUCGCCCGACUGGCCUGGCAGCGGGGCGCGGCUCCGGCAGCAGUCCUCCUCCUCCAAGGGUGACAGCCCCGAGAUGAAGCAGCGCACGAUGCACAAACAGGCCCCUUCUCCUGUGAACCCCAAUGCCCUGGACCGCACUGCUGCUUGGCUUUUGAAUAUGAACAUGCAGUUUUUAGAAGAUGAAAGCAUUGACCCAGAUUCCAAGCACAGGGAUAAGCUCAGGAAUAAGGACGAGCUCAGCCAAGCAGAAAAGUACCAGCAGGACCUGGUGGUGCUGCAGGACAAGCUCCGCAUCUCCAACAAGAAGCUGGAGGAAUAUGAGACUCGCUUCAAAUGCCAGGAGGAGACCACGCAGAAGCUGGUGCUGGAGUACCAGGCCAGGCUGGAGGAGAGCGAGGAGCGGCUCCGGAGGCAGCAGGAGGAUAAGGAGAUCCAGAUGAAGGGCAUCAUCAGCAGACUGAUGUCGGUUGAGGAGGAGUUAAAGAAGGACCACGCUGAAAUGCAGGCUGCUGUGGAUUCCAAGCAGAAGAUCAUUGAUGCACAGGAGAAACGCAUUGCUUCCCUGGAUGCUGCCAACGCACGGCUAAUGAGUGCCCUCACUCAGCUGAAAGAGAGUAUGCAUUAGAAAAAAAAAGAUCCCAUUUUCUGGAAUACUGUCCUCUUUAAAUUGGGAAUGAGCACUGCAUGGAAAUUAACCGGCUUGAAGAAUGUAAAACAUGGUCAUAAGGGAGUAACCACCAAGAACAGCAGCCACCACCGAAAGGCCCCUUGUCAGGAGCACUGUGCAGGCAUAAGCCAGGAUUAGACUUUCCCAGCUCCGGCACAGACACGCUGAGCUCAGCUGGGCGCCCCUUCAGGGGGGCUGUGCCGCUGACCUGCCGCCACGGGGUGCUCGUGGGUUUGUGCUUCUUGCAGUUAGCCCUUCACAAGUCCCACUCUCAGAGCAGGUCCCUCGUACCGAGAGCCGCAGGUUUCUCUGAGACACGGACAGUGUACAGUGUACAGGACAUCUGCCUAUGCUCCCUCUAAAGGUUAACACACUGCUCAACGCCUGUCCUAGCUCCUCCUGCCAUGUGUAAAUGUACAGCCCAAGGGACUAGGACGUUCCCUGAGCUCUGCUCUGCUUAGGUACCGUCUCCAGCCUCACACUUCCCAGGCUGCCUGAGCAGGACACUUUGCCAGUAAGCUCUGCAUUGCCGUGCUGCCCCGCAGCCGUAAGGCUCCUUAACAGCAUUCUUCCUCAUGCAAUCGUUUGCAAAAUUUAAGAUGCUCUUUUUCCUACACGUUUUUCUGGCCCCUGGAAGCCCUGGGCCAAGCCCAGGAGGAGCGAACGUGUUGCACUGAGGUCUCCACACCCCGCCAGCACCUGCCGAGGGGUGCAGCACACAGCAGACCCCAAACGGAGCUCCUCAGAGCAAUGUCAUAACUCAGUACUUAUGGCAAGUACAGUCACCUUUGAAUUUUGGAGACUAGCACAGAUGGCUUUGAAGAACCUCACAAAUCCGACAAGGUUACAACUGGAGAAAGACCCAGACAGGUUAGGAAUAUACAGGGUACUGUGAACCGUUUGGUGCAUAGAUUCACACCUGCCACUGUCUCAGUGUCAAAUACAUAAGAACCCUGCAAAAAAGACUAUUUUAAAUGCUUUUGCCCUAAGAUGCCUGUUUAGAGCUGAUUGUUUUGAAUUCUAAGUAUUUGUGUUGCGAGAGACUGGAGUUUUUCACGACAGAAGUGACAUAGAGGAAUGGAAACGCUAACAGGGCAUGGGGCGGGCGCCCCACCACCGACGUUUCCAUUCAUACUUGGAAGUAAUUUUGGGAUGCAGUCAGUGCUCUCCGUAAGAGCUGGAAAAAGAAACACCCACAAGCCAAUUGUUUAGUGCUGAAGCUAAGCACAGUACAUCUUAAUCUUCUCCUCAACCACAAGCCAAGGCACUGCUCCCUCCCCACCCUGAUCUGUCACAAACUCCUGAUUGCCCUCAAACUUGCAAAUUACUGAACACAUUGCUCUGCUGAAAUAGCAGGAAUGCUUAAAUCCUUCCACAGCCAGUUAUUAAAAUCUUAAAAGUUCCAGUGCCAACACUUUCUGGAGUUGAUGCUUAGUUUCCAGAGCCAGUACAAAAAGAAAUUUAAAUCAGGAUGAAGUCUCGUUACAGUAGAGAUUCCCCCCUGUUUUUCCCUAUUUCCUUUUUCUGCAACUGUCAACAACUGGACCUAACCAUGACUCUCCCCUAAAAAGGUCUGGGGGCAGGUGUUCAGGCCCAGGCUCAGUUCUGUCCUUCAGUUUGUGUUUCUGUUAUUUAUAAGCUGUACAUUUCUCUGUGUGUGUGCGUGUGUGAGUGCAGGAGCCCCGCGUGUUCCCUGCCAUGGCCUCGGAGCUGGUACCUGGCAUAGCAAUACCUGGAUCCCGAGAGGUGCUGCAGCACCAGAGCAAACCACACUGUCCCCAAGGUUUCAUGAGCGGCUCCAUUUCCUUCCUGGUUCUUGCGCUUUCUACAGUGAGAGGCUGUUCUAGUGCAAACUCGUCAAAGUGUAAACAAAGCAAAAACACUCCAAUUUUUAUCUUAAUACAAGUCUUAAUUUUUUUUUGUAAAUGUUCUCAGUGUUUACUGUACCGUAUCUAUCUCACUAACAGUUGUAUAUAGUAACUUACUCCUGGUGCUGCUUAUUCGGUCGGGAUUUGGCUGUAUCUCACUGCUGUGUUGGAGAGGUGGGCUCGGGCUGCCAAAUCCGGAUCCAGACCCAUGUUCUGAUUCCAGCCUCCUCCCUCGGGGAUCUGAGGGAAGAGAGCAAAGCCAUGGAUCCAGAUUUGUGGUGGGCCCACCUCAAAGAUUCUGUUUUUAGAGUUUUGAUUUGGGGUUUUGUUAAACUGUAGCGAACACUCCUGAAAAAAUGAGCGGGUUUGUGUGAAGGGGGAUGAAGGAGACUGAGCGGUAUCCCAAGGUCUCUGUGGACUGUAAGUAUCAUCAUCUGGAACAGGGAUUGUGGCUUCAGUGCCAAAAGAUGGGAGGGACCCCAGUCCUUCCCCAUGCCAACUAAUAAUGCUACAGUGUAGUCACCAGCCCCUUCUGCACCAGUUUAAGCAAAUCCUGCCGCCAUCCAAAGAGUCCGGUGUCACUUUGCAUUGCCAUUUGAGUCUGGUUGGUUUUGUUUUCCGCUUUCGCAGCUGUAAAGCACUGAUUGCACUGUGAGAACACGUGGAACCCUCUGGUCUGGGAGCCAGUCCCAGAGGUUGCUGCAAGGUUGCAGGACACAGGUUCUGCUACUGUGAAUACUCCUAAAGGGCAAAGGGACUUGCUGGACCUCAGUGAGGUGUCACAGGCUCUCCUAGGAAAGCAAUCAGCAAGGAAUCAAUCAUUCCCAAAGUUUAGAUAGCUCAUAAGCUUUUUCCUGUUCCUAAUGUCCACACCCAGAGGUAACAGAAAAUGUGCUGAGGUCUGUUCUGUGAUGGACAAGGAGAGGAUUUCCAGUCCCAGAUGGCAGAUGCAUUGAUGUGUUCAGCCAGGACAGCCACAGGCUGCAGCCCAGGGGUCUGAUCUGAAAGGGGCUCAUUUACCCAGCACUCCCAGGGCAGGGGGAGCAGCCCUGGGCCGAGGCCUUUCUGGCAGCAGCCUGUGACCAGUGGGUCCAGCAGCUCCCCCACAGUCCCUGCCCUGUCCCCCACACAGCUCUGCCUGGACAGUACAAAACAAAAUCCAAAGGGAACACGUUCUGUGCCACUGUUCCUAGGUGGACACUCCAUCCUUCCCACCUGCAGUGGCUGCUGGGGUCACUUCCUCACAAAGGUUUGUGUUCAAAGCAGUCCAGGCUGGCCAGGACUGGGAGCUGGUGUGGGGCAGAGCCACGGCCUCAGGGCCACCAGGAGCUCCCUUCAGUGGCCACAGGAAGGGACAGUCCCUGCCAUCCCCAGCCUCUCCCUGAGCCUCAGGGCUGUUUCAGGGGAGACUGCUCAGCCAGAAGGCUCGGCCAGUGCCACCUGCCCUGCUCUGACCCCACACAGACAAACUGCUGCCUUCUCCUUCUCCCUUGGGGAAAAUCACCCAUGGAGGAGCAGGAGGACAAGAGCAGCACGACAACAUGCAGCUCACGGGCUGUCCAAACCAAAUCCAAUCCUGAGGGCGUUGCACAACAUGCAGAAACAACCAUGCUUCUGAAAAGGGUGUCACAUUCAAGCAUUGACUUUCACACAUCACCUGAGCUGUGACAUUGCUGUAAAUGCCAUGUGGCUCUGCAUCAGCUUCCAGUACCCCAGAGUGCAGCCUCCAUGUUCACAUAUUCCUCUAUCAUACAUCACUGUGUCUUAAGAUAUACCUCUCUCUGUAUAUCUGCUUAGGCUGAUACUUGUUCCUGAUAAGCAGUCGCUAUGUUUUAUAUCCUCUUAUAAAGAAAAACAAAUCUUUUUUUGUAAGUAUGUUUAAAAAACAAAAAUGCAAAGUGGAAGUGUUUGCUGAAUCUCCUUCAGCUCCUUUUAAACUAUGUAAUAAUGUACAGAGAAAGUUGUUGGUGUUCAAAGAAAUGAUGUGGCUGUGCAAUUUAUGUACAUUUGCAAUUAGAAAUAUUAAAGAUUUAUUUAGAUAUUUUACAUAA